AUGCUUCACGGUGGGGACGAGAUGUUGAUUGUGACUGCCAGCAUUACCAAAGGAGUGGAUAAGAGUAAAAACGAAGUUAUCCAGCUCACAGACGUCAUCAUGAAGAGUAGCUGCCAGCCCAGAGAAAUGCUUGUGGACAUUUACCAGGAGUAUCCAGAGGACAUAGAACACACUUACUUACCUGCCUGUGUAGUCCUUACUCGAUGUGGAGGCUGCUGCAAUGAUGAGGCAAUGGAAUGCGUGCCAUCUGAAAGCCGCAAUGUGACGCUGCAAGUGAUACGGGUAAGGUCAAAGUUCUCUCAGCAUAAAAUUGAACUGAGCUUCACAGAGCAUCAAAAGUGUGACUGCAGACUAAAGCCCGGAGUGCAAGCAAUGAACGAAUACCACUGUGCGCCUUGUUCAGAGAGAAGAAAGCGCUUAUUUGUGCAGGACCCUCUCACCUGUAAAUGCUCCUGCAAAUUCACACAAUUAGACUGCAAGUCCAGGCAGCUUGAAUUAAACGAAAGAAAUUGCAGGUUUGUUUACCUUACAUGUGAGAAACGGAGGAGAUGA